GUGCCGUAGUCGUGCGUUUCUGAUAUGUCUUCCACUUCAGCAACUGUGAGUGGUUCUCUCUGCGUCGAGGAGCACGAGAUGGAGGAAAACGGAGAAAUUUCAACGAACAGAAGGAACCCCAAAGUCACGCCAGCAUUUGAGGAAGUGCUGGACUCCAUCGGGUCGAGAGGAAAAUUUCAGACAAGGCUAAAUAUUGUUUUCAACUGCGUCGGCCCAUGUCUCAAUAUGUUAAGUAUAAAUAUUUUCUUUCUAGCAAUGCAGACGCCUGAUCACUGGUGCCAUGUUCCUGGCAGGGAACGUGCCAACCUGUCGCUGGAGGAGUGGAAGAAUUUUACAAUUCCGAGGGCAGGCAAAUCGUUCAACAAGUGCCUGAUGUACAACCAGAGCGAUGGUAUCAAUGGUGUCAACUGGAACAGUUCAGAAACCGUCAAGUGUCAGCAUGGCUGGGAUUACGACGACACGUGGUUCUCUCUGACUGUCCCCUCCCAGAUGAAUUGGGUCUGCGACAACCAGCAGUCCGCCAAUGACGUCUUGUUCUACGCACAAAACAUCGGAGUGGCUCUGAGCCUGCUAUUCGGAUACAUAGGCGACAUGUACGGACGGCAGCUCCUGCAGUUCCUCUGCCUGGUGGCCCACGCGAUCAGCAGACUGCUACUUGUCCUCACACCAGACUUCCUGGUGCUGUUCAUCCUGGCACAGUCCCUUGUAUCAGCAGCGGCCGGACCUAUGCAUGAAUCUGCCUUGUCUGUUGGUUUGGAACUGGCAGACGUCAGACAUCGCACAACCCUGAACUACUUCUCAAGCUUUUGCUUGGGGGCUGGCGUUAUGGCUACUGGCCUCUUAGGUUGGGGUCUGCGCAACUGGAAUUACUCAAUGUAUUGUACUGCAGCGCUUUUCAUCGCACUGAUUUCAUUUUUCAGGUGGUUCCCGGAGUCUCCCCGGUGGUUGGCGUGCAGAGGUCGCGAGGAGGACGCCCUGAGGCUGCUGAGGCGCAUCGCCACCACCAACGGCGGACAGCUGCCUCCGUUCGCUCCGCGGGUGAUGCGGACCGUGGCCAAGGCCCAGAGGGACAGGAAGGGCUUCCUCAGCCUCUUCUCCAGCUGGAACGUCUUCAAGAAUACGGUGCUGCUCAUAACUGCCAGGUCUGCGCACGUACUGACGCAGUACUCGCUGGUGUUGCUGGCUGGUGGUGUGGGCGUGAAUCCCUUCCUGGCGCUGGUGGCGCAGGGCGCGGUGCAGCUGCCCUCUGUCUGCGCCGUCCACGUCUGCGCGGCGCGCUUCGGCCGCCGCUGGAUCGGUGUGGGCUGUGCUCUGCUGGCAGGGGUCACCUGCGCGGCCACCGCCUGCAUGCUGCAUGCUGGCAUCAUCGGACUGCCUAUCACGGUGGCGGCUGUGAUAACGCAGUUCUUUUCGACUGGCACAAUCUCCAUGGCCAACCUGCAGAGUGUGGAGGUGCACCCCACAUGUCUGCGCCAGAUUGCGGCCUGCGUCGAGUGGACCGCAGCUGCCAUCGUCAUGUCUGCUCUGCCAUACGUGGCCCUCAUGAGUGAUAGACGGACACCCUACGCCAUUCUCGCAGCUCUAAACUUGGGAACAGCGUUUGCAGUAUCGUUCCUUCCAGAAUCGGCGUUGCAGAGGCUACCAGAAUCAUUACAGGAUGCUGCCGUCUUCGGAAAAGACCAGAAGUAUUGGAGCUGGAAGCCAAAACCAGCUCCACAGUAUGCCAUGGAGUAAACCCAUUUAGGGAGUUCGUUAAACGAAUCUGUCGUUUAUAUACUUUUUCUGAAGAAAAGUGCAAAUUUUUAGCCUGUUUGUUAGCAUAGCUGAAGACUACGCCAACAUAGUGGAAGAAUGUGGGAAGACAGUUGUCUCUAGGUCUACAUGAUUCAUUAAAGGUGUCGCGAAAUAUUUCUUCAGACUGCACACAUGCUUCAUAACUUCAUGUAUAAGGUGUUACUGAAUAAAAUAGUUACUAGUUUUAGCAAAUACGUAGUGUCAGUCAAGAACAGUUCCAGUUGAGAAUAUUGCAAUAGUGUUGCGAAAUUUUGAAUAGCUCGAAGUUUCCCCUGUGUUCUAAAAUGCAGAACCACGUGUUGUCUUACGAAGUAAAGUUUAUUUAUAAUAUUUGGGAGGAACCAGAGUGAUAUAACGUAUUUAUUGAAACGUUUUCAUUCAAGAUUAUUGGUGAAUAUGUCACAUAAUA